CCCGCCCCGGUCGGAAGCGGCCGAGGGGGUGGGACUCUCCGCCCCCGCCCCGGCCUCCGUCGCUAGGGACGCGGCAGCCGGGCAACCGCGAUGGGCCCGGAAGAGGGGUCGACGCCGGUGGACAACGUGGUCACUCAGUUCAGCACCUAUGAGGACUUCCUGGACUCGCAGAUCACCACGGUGGACUUGUACUACCUGGAGGACGAAGGCCUGGCCCGCCAGCUGGUGGAGCUAGGCUACCGGGGAACGGGCGAGGUGGUGAAAAGGGAGGACUUCGAAGCAAGGAAGGCAGCUAUAGAGACUGCGAGACUGGCCGAGAGGACCCAGAAAAAGACAUUGGCAAGCGCUGGCAAAGACCUGCAAGAUAAUUUUCUGAAGGCUCUGGCAGUGAGAGAAGACGACAAUCGCAGUGGAAAAGUGAGCUCGGUGAUCUUUAUUCGUGACAGAAAUUCUCAUGGGCAAGAGGUGUCAGGAUACAUUGACUAUGCCCACAGGCUGAAGAUUGAAGAUUUUGAAGUCUACUUCAGUGGGAAAAAAAGACUUCUUCCCAAACCCACGGAUAUGAGCUUUUACAACUGGGACAGUCAUGUUGCUGUUUGGAACUCAACUCCCAACUACCAAGUGAUUGCUGAUAAUCCAGAAGGCUUGCUUUUCAAAUACAAAAGAGACAGAAAAAUCCUCAACGUGGACCCUAAGGCUCAGCCAGGUGACAACUCGACCAGAACCCCUAUCCGAACAGAUCUCUACAUACAGACUGUCAUUUUUGAUCACGUUUCCAGAAGAAAGACUUAACUACCAACAUGUUAGAUGGUUCCCUACUGGCUUGCUAAGCGGAAAUGAAUCCUGGACUAGAUGCAAAUUCGAAUAAUAAAUGAGUCCUGUAGCUAUAAGGCAAAUCAGAAUAAAAAAGUUAAUAAAGACAUUAGAAGGAAAA